AUGGAAUCACCAGGACCAGGAGGCUUCUUGCCGACAACUGGUGGCCUUCCGUCACCCGCGCCAUCAACAGCCUCAUCUUAUGCAAAUAACAUCCAAGGUCUUCCUGCACCAAGAAAUAAAGCAUUAAAGCCAAAUUCCAGCAAGGAGUUCAUGGUUCGAAGAUAUGCUGAAGAGCAGCUGUUGUUAGCAACGCGACGUUACGUCAAGAAGUUUGGCAACGCUGAGCCAGAUGAUUCAGUUGUGGGAUAUAAGAGGUUCGGUGAGGUCUGCAAAGACUUGGAUAGCGUCAUUAAUGUGUUGUGGCGCUCAGGCACUCCAACAUUACAAAUACCCUUCUUGCUACGUCUCACGAGUGACUUUACUCGAUACGUCCGGGGCUUCCCACCAGCACCAAAAGCUUCAUUCGCCAUUUUGCGCAAAUUGGAUCACUGUUUUGCUAGCCUUCUUUCAGGUCAAGAUGUUGAAACUCAUGAGACACUACCGGGUUUUGAGAACGGACUUCGCGGCGGUAUGACAACUACCGAGAUGAUCAGAUGCCGAAGUCUGGUUGACCAAUGUCGCGUGUUGAUGGUUGAAGUGAUGAGGGACCCUGCGGAAGAAGACGAGGAGGAUGAGGAUGAAGGGGGAGACACAGAUACAGAUACGGACAUGGACAUGGAGACACCAGCAAUUAAGGGAUGGGGCAGCGUGGAAGACGACGAUGAAAUGAUGAUGCAGCUCGAUGCGGCGCGUGUCUUUGAAAGGACAAUCGUACAGCUUAACGAGAGGCUCGGGGAUUUGGAACCGAUUCAAAUGUCAGCUGACUGA